UAUACAAUUUCUACACAUUCCUUAACAAUAUUGUCCCAGUAAACAUGUCAACAUGUUUUAGAUUUAAUCUAAAGUACACCUUUUUAACUAAAAUAAAUGUUUAUCAUGCAUAAAAUAUAAUGCAUUUAAAAUAUAUUCGAGUUUAAAAAUGUGUGGAAAAAGUAAACAUGACUAAAAGAAAGUGAAGGUAACAAAACGUAAAAAAUGCAUAUGAAUAGACCGACACUUGUUCCCGCACUAUUGGCAGUUUUUUGGUUAUGUCGUCCAGUGGGUGCAAAACGGUGAACGCAGUUAAGUUCAGAGAUCCAAUGAGAGAACGAAUUAAUCAAAACUAAAUUCUUUUAUUGGACAUCGUCUGCGCUCUGAACUUUUUAGCUACGUCAAUAGAGGUUUGUUCGUUUUCGCUGCACCGCUGCAAUAAGUUGAAGCGAGACAAGUAUAUGUUGUCUCAUUUCAACUUAUUGCAGCGGCGCAGCGAAAACGAACAGACCUCAAAUCAUUUUGUUUCCCGCUAUACUUUAGUACGCGUGAUAGCAAGGUGAACUGGUGUUACAAAUUUUGAUUUUCUUAUGCGCUACAUAUCAAUAAAUUGCUUGACAUAAGUUUCUAUUGAGCUCUAUUUUAUACAUAUAUUACGAUUUUGUGUAUAGAUGUGAUAAUUGUGAAAUAUAUGACAUUUUAAAAGUUUUAUUGUCGUUUUUGGACACGGUACAGUAAAAGCAGCAAUUGUAAAUAAUUUCGGACAACAAAAUGAGUUUGUGGGUUGAUAAAUAUCGUCCCACAUCACUUUCCAAAUUAGAUUAUCAUCUUGAACAAGCAGAGGACUUAAAAAACAUGGUUCAAAAACGGGACUUUCCACAUUUACUAGUGCAUGGACCACCAGGUGCAGGAAAGAAAACCCGAAUAUUGUGUAUUUUAAAAGAACUCUAUGGGAAUGCAGCUGAGAGAUUAAAAAUAGAAAACAUGCAGUUCGAGACAGCUUCCAAGAAAAAGUUGGAGAUACUAACAAUAAGUAGUAAUUAUCAUACCGAAGUAAACCCAAGUGAUGCAGGAAUACAUGAUAGAAUUGUUGUUAUGGAGUUAAUAAAAGCAACUGCGCAAACACACCACAUAGAUAUAGGUCAAAAAGAAUUUAAAGUGGUACUGCUGUCAAAUGUGGAUCAACUUACGAGGGACGCACAGCAUGCGCUUCGUAGAACAAUGGAGAAAUACAUCAAUACAUGCAGAUUGAUUCUUUGUGCUAACUCAACGUCACGAGUUCUACCUGCGAUUCGAUCGCGAUGUGUACGAAUCCGAGUCCCUGCGCCAACAGCUUCUGAAAUAAAAAAUGUCCUACAUUCAAUUUGUAAACGCGAAGGACUCGCUUUGCCCGACGAAUUGGCCGAUCGAGUAAUCGAGGCUAGUGACAGAAAUCUCAGACGAGCAAUAUUAAUGCUUGAAGCUUGCAAAGUUGAGCAAUAUCCAUUCACUGCCAAUCAAAAGAUAUCAGAGCCGGAUUGGCAAGUAUACAUACGUAAUACAGCUACUAUGAUGGUUUCUGAACAAUCUCCCAAGGUACUUCUGGAGACGCGCAAUAGAUUUUACGAUUUAUUAACGCGUGCCAUACCAUGUGAUCUAAUAUUCAAAGGAUUGUUGCAAGAGUGUGUAAAGAAAUGCGAUGACCAGUUGAAAAGAGAAAUUAUCGAUAUUGCGACCGAAUACCAACACAGAAUGAUACGUGGAUCGAAACCUAUUUUCCAUUUAGAAGCCUUCGCUGCACGAUUUAUGGCGAUCUAUAAGAAAUAUAUCGAUUCAUCUUUAGAAGGUUUCGUGUAAAAUCCGUACCUUUUGUGUCAUGCUUUUCAUACUUUUGAUAUGUUUUGAUAUAGUUAUGCUGUACAACGGUUGUAAUAUUUAUACCAUGAUACGAUUCUCGAUAUCUAUUUUUGAACAUUUUAUUCUGAAUAUUGUAAAUAGGAAGAAGUGAAAUUCGUACUUGAUAAUAUACAAUUUUUGUAUUUUAAAUGAUACAAAUUUAAUUCAACUUACAUGUUUUCCCAUUAAAAUCCCCCUGCCUCUGAUGUUAAAGAUGUUUUUUUAAAAAUAUUCUA